AUGGACAUGUCUAAUACAAUUAUGCAAGAAGUCAUUGAUGAGGUCCAAGCAGACCGCGAAGAGGGUGGCGAACGAUCGAUUUCAACUGCACCAGCAAUUCAAAAUUCAACGUUCGUUGUCGAAGGUCCUUUGGAUAAUGUCGAGUUCGAUGAACAGAUCACAAAUGAGCUUAGAAAGAAAUGCAAUGUUGAUAUGGACAUUGGCAAUGAGACGAUUAAUAUUGUCACCUCCGAAACAUCUUUCGGCGCUGGCGACAAGUUGCACACAUCUGAAGUGGAUUCAUUGAACUCACCUGCCACAGAACGAAGCCAGAUCGCGUCACGAAUGACCUUCCAAUGUCCAAAGACACCGGCGAACACCACUAUAGUUCUGGACACUGAAACAAGAACUACUGAUACUAAGGACAGGACUGGAACCAUAAAUUUGUUUACAACGCCUGAUAAGUCAAUGAUUUCAACGAGACCAGAGGAUUCGGUACUGCUGAAGUCUUUUUGGGGUCCUACUAGUCCCAUAGAGAAGGAAAGGCACACAUCUGCCAGCUGA